UGACGAUAAUCGUAAUACUUUAUAUGCUUUGGUAAUACAGGCAAUCAAAACGUACAGGAGAACAUGCGAAGGAGACGCAUUCCUCCACGGGAGGAUGCAGUCUGUCAUGUUUCUGCUGGAAGGGACAAACUGGGACUUGAUAUCCACUACAUAAAUGCCUUCAAAGGUCGGGGCAUUUUCACGACUGUUCCAUUCCAAAAAGGAGACUUCCUUUUGGAAUACAGAGGUAAACUCAUAACAAAAGACGAAUGUGAGCGGAGACACAGAGUUUAUCAUGACAGCCUGAAGGUGUUCAUGUUUGAAUUCAAGUUUGAUGGAAAACUCUGGUGUGUGGAUGCAUCUCAAGAAGAUGGGUCAUUAGGCAGACUUGUCAACGACAACCACAUCAGUCCAAGUGCUAAGAUGAAAAUAUUAAAUAUCAAUGGAAAGCCCCAUCUAUGCUUAUUUGCAAGCAGAGACAUAAGUCCAGGCGAAGAAAUAGACUAUAAUUAUGGUGACUCGGAUUGGCCCUGGAGAUGCAAGACUGAGACCAGCCAGAUUCAGAAGACUGUGAGCUGCCUAAAGCCGCAACCAAACUGCAUUCCAAACAAUGAUCUGGACCUGAAACAUCCAGAGCCUGAAAGGUUUGUUUAGGGGUCUGGCACAAAUCCUGCCUUGCAAAAUUGUCAAAUCAGAAUUGUCACCAGUCAACACAG